UCUUGCCAUUCCUAAAUUGCCCCUGACUUCUAGCUACAAAAUCUCUCUCCAAUUGUUCAUUCAAUACACCUCAAGCAUUUCUCUUUUCCCUCCCUGAGAAACUCAGUUUUAAGCGUUCCUUAAAUUUUCCCGAAGUCCUAAGGAAUCCUCCUCAUUUCCAUCAUUUCUAGCCUCCAAGAAGCCUUCCUCAAUUGUUCACAAUUACCCAAAUAGCCUUAAGCCUUAGCCUUAGCGCCUUCGCCUUACCUUGGACCUUUGCCUAAGAUUUAUCGAAACCUAAAAAAACUCAGAUAUAGCUCAGCCGAUUGGCACACUCCCAAGCGAUUAGCACCAACUUUCCAACAUGCCCUUUCAUCCUCAUUUGGUUAAUCUCCUCCAUACCAACCCUAGUAACUUGAUCCUAUCAUUCCACGCAUAGCCUAAACUUUACCUAAAAGAGUCUUAAUUCAACCAAAACUCUGUCCUAAGAGUUUUAGUCCAACCAGACCUCUCGUCCAAAGAGUCCUAAAGCUCUCUUGAAGAGUUCCAUUUUCACCAAAACUCUAUCUAAAAGAGUCCCAAUUUCACCAAAACUCUAUUGAAGAGUCCCAAUUCCACCAAAAUUCUAUCAAAAAAGUCCUUUUUACAUAAAAUUCUUUCAAAGAGUCUUAAUCUAGCUAAAGCUGUGCUCGACAAUCUAAAGAGUUAUAGUAAAAGACAACACUAUUCAACUUAACCUAGCUCAAAAGCCUAGACUUACAACUAUCAUAUUAGAUCUUGUAUCGGGUAGAUCCACUCAAGUAUUAGAUAUUUUAAGUCUUUAAUUAAAUUAUGAGCAUGUUAACAUAUCAUCCAUGAUCAUGCAACAUGUAGCAUUAGGAAUGAAUGAUGUUAUGCCAUAUAGUCAAACCUAAGGUUUACUUUAUUGUUUAGGGCAAUGGAUAUUUUCUAUGUAAAUUCAUGUCUAGUAUGCUAUGCAUUAUUCUGCCUUUUAGCAUAAGUAUAUGCAUGGAUUAUACUAAAUAUGCCCUUGAGGAAUUUUUUAUAAACUAUCAUUAUAAUAUGCCAUUUAAAUUAAGGUUGCAUUUAUCCUUCUUUGGUUACAUUUUUUUUUAUUUAUAAUAAUAUCGUAUGAACUAUUAUAUUUUAAACAUUCUUGAUUGAUAACUUAAUAUUUGUAUCAUUAACGAUUGAUAAACCAUCCACGACUGUCAACUCACAUACAUCUUUUUACAUGUAUGCGUAACAGUGUGAGACAUAUAAAUUGUUCAUAUCUCAUUGCUUGCUCUUUAAUUAAUCCAUAAGUCGAUAUGCUCAUUUGAAGUGGAUAAAUAGAUGUUGGGUUUAUUCUACACAGGGUUUAGAGCUUUGAUUCCUCUUAUAUUUUGUUUACAAACUAAGUUCUUUUAAUAAAGAUGAGAUUGUAACCUUAAAACCAAUCUAGAUUCUCGGGAUAUAUAUAAAUUGAUUAAUGACUUUUAAUUAAACCUUGAAAAUAAAUACUGAAACAAGCGCUAAGGAUGAAACACAUGAAAUGGAUGAAAGGCAAUAAACAAAAGCAAGUUGUAAUUUUGAAGUAAAUGUUUUUAAAAAAUCUUAAAAAACAGAAUCAAAUGCAUUAAUUUCUUUCUCCAUUAGAAAGAUACUUGGGGUUCUCUCUUUGAUAAACAUUAUGUUUAUAAGGAAAGGAAGAAUGUAUGACAAGCUGUCAUUCUAACUAUUUGUCACGAAUGACGUGGCACAAAUGUGCUGAUCAGAUCCCAACAUUAACUGUUGUGGUAUACUGGGAUUUUUUUAUUUGAUUUCUUAAUUAAUUCAUUCAUAUAUUUCCUUGGUUUGUUCUUUCUCCUAAUAUAUCUAAGAAUAUAUAAAGCGAGUGGAUAAAGUUAUCUGUAUACAUGGACUCUAAAAUAGAGAUCUUAAACCUUCCACCAUUACAUCCACCGAAACAAUGUAUUUAUCAAGGAGAAAAUGAAAGACACUAUAGUAAUAUCGAUAAAAAAGGGAAGAUACUAUAGUAAUAAAAAUCUUCAUUUAAAGAUUUAUCAAAAUAUAUACCAGUGAUGUAAAGGAAAAACAACUAUUUCUGUAGCAACCAAAGGAGUUCACUUUAAUGGAUUCACCAUCGUCUAUGACUUGCGUAUUAAAAGUAAACACCCAGUCUCGAGAUUGGCAUAACACGCUCAUAGGUGUAUGGAAGGGUUUGCAAGAUUUUUCGUGCUCCAUCGAUGCGCAACAAGGAUUAGCCUACGUUUCAGGAAAAGUAGAACAGCACAAGAUAUUGAGGAUGCUGGGAAAUGCAGGGAAGCAUCAAAGACUGUCUCAUGUCCACUAUGGAAAUCAAACACGAGCAAGAACAUUAGACAAUUGUUGCAAUACCAAUCUAAGUCUACAGAGAAACAUAAAUUAUAAGUGUUAUCACAUUGGAAAAAUUGAUGAUUAUGAGUACGGAUACUUUCCCUAUGGAAGAAAUGACGGUUGUAGAUUUGACUCGGAUUAUCGAGACGGUAGUCCUUUGUUGACCAUUCCUCGUCUGAACCAUCGAUGAUGCCAAUAUUAUGAGCCAGUGGAGCAACAUGCACCAUCACCCAUAUUUGAUAGUUCAGGAUAUGAUACUAAUGGAAGCAAGGUUAAGGAGUAUUCUUGUUGUCAUAUUAUGUGAGCCCUAUAUAUGAGGAGCAAGGAUGAUUCAGUUUCUACAAUAUUAUUUUGUUUUGCUUAAUGAUGUACAUCAAUCUAUUACUGGAUUUGGUAGUUUGAUCAGUGGUGAAUUUGAAGAAUCUCCAAUAAUCUUUUUUUAUUCAUGAAUUGG